AUGGUAGGAGCGGCUAAACACCAAUGUCUUGACGCUGGGAUAUCUUUCACAGCCCAGCACAUGCAGCACGCGUGUGCACUACGGCUGUUACACGAUUGUGUAAUCUUGACGGUCAUCACCCACCUGUCUAAUCUACCCCCAACCCAUUCUCACACUGCAGAGGGCCUCGCAUACAUCCACGAUAUGAAUGUUCUUCAUUGCGAUUUUUGCGUGGGGAAUCUCCUCGUUGCCAGCGAUUUAUCAAUCAAGCUCUGCGAUUUUCAGGGAAGGCUAUUGAAUCGGAAUGGGGAUAUCAGUCUCAAUGGCGGAGCAGCUGAAAGUGUCAUGUCUUCAAUGCCUCGACCUGAUCGGAACCACUGCGAUCGAAAAACAGACAUCUUCGCCUUUGGAACCGCCCUCUACUUUAUAAUGACGGGCCAUUCACCGUUCCCUAACCUAGACACUAUUGAUGAUGAGGAUGAGAUCCGUAGACAAUAUGAACAGUGCGAGUUUCCCUGUAUAGCCCCAUAUCAAGGUGGCGAGGUAAUAUACAAGUGCUGGAAGGGAGGCUAUCAGUCUGCCGCUGACAUUAUGUCCAAUUUGAUAGCGUUAGAAGAAAGAAAAUCAAGCAUAUCUAUUCCUUGCUAA